UGUAAGACAUAUUCUUCCUCCACAUUCCAAAUCUUGAUUCAUUUAAGAUAGUUCUAAAUCUGAACACUGUCCUAUAAAAUUAUUGUUCUCUCCUAAACAAGCAAUUAUGAAGACUGCCAUAUCUCUGCUACUCCUAUUGCUUCUCAUCAUUCAUCAAGCUCAUGGUAUGGGAGUGAUCAGAAAAGGAAGUAUAACUCAUAGUAGUCAGCAAUUCAUGAGCCAUAAAACUCUCGAGGAAAAGACUGACAAAGAUGUCGAUAACAGCGUGUGGGAAAGCAAGAAUUUCUCAGGAAGAGCUAGAAAACUAAUGAUCACAUCUCCGAUUCCAACAACCGCAACCAUUGCUAAGAAUGAGAAAAACACCAACAGAGAAAAAUCAGCUACAAAAGUGAAUUCAUCAUCCAUGGCUGAGCAACGGCUGGCGACAGACGAGACAUAUCCGGGUAUACUAGACAUAGCCGGAAUGGACUAUUCUCAGGCAAGAAGAAAACCUCCGAUUCACAACUAAGCUUCAUCAAUUUUAUGGAAUAAUUAAACUAUUCAUAUGUAAAUUAGCUAGAGCAAUCCUAUAUUGUGUACAAGUAGAAAUUAAAUACUAUGUUAAUUGCCACUUUUGUUUUGGGUUAGAUAAACUAAGUCUUUGUAGUUCAUAACUUUAAUUUAAUGCUAAAUUGUAUAUGUAAUUCAUGAUGUGCUUAUUGUAGCCGCCACAAUCUUUUUACAUGAAAUCUUGUAUGUGUCUCAUA